CCAGCUCAAGCCUCACCUUUCCACCACCCCACCACAUUCACCCCCCCAAAACUCGUCAUCAUGACCACCGAAGCCCUCUACCUGGACGACGCCACCCUCACCACCACGACGACAACCAUCACCUCCUACCGCCCCAUCUCCGCCCUCAGCGACCCCGAAAAGACCCUGGCCAAGAACAUCCCGACGGAGAACCACUAUGCCCUCACCACCCGCCAAACCGUCUUCUACCCACAAGGCGGCGGCCAACCCAGCGACACGGGCGUGAUCCAGCUCCCGAGCACCCCCAACGCCACCGACAACGAUGACGCUACCAACCCAAUAACCUUCGAAGUCCUUCUCGUGCGCAAGACCCUCGACGGCGAAAUCCUGCACUUCGGACACUUCACCACCCCGACAUUCCCGCUCUCCCUCGCCUCCCACGCCCUCGCCACGCAGACCAUCAACGCCGUCACCCGCAACUACCACUCCCGGCUGCACACGGCGGGCCACAUCAUCGGGCUCGCGAUGCGCCUGCUUACCCCGGAGCUCGGGGUGCGCAAGAAGGUGAAGGCCAACCACGCGCCGCGCGAGGCGUGCAUGGAGUUCGAGGGCCUGCUGUACAACGAGCACCGGCCGCUGAUCGAGGGGAAGGUCAACGAGCUGGUUCAGCGGGCGCUGCCGGUGCAUAUCUCCUGGUGGGAGGAGCGGGAGAUCGCCGCGAAAGAGCUGAAUAUGGUCGAGGGGUUGCAGGUGGGGCAAGGGGGGAAGGUGCGGAUCGCGGAAAUCGCGGACUUGGAUGCCAACCCCUGCGGCGGCACGCAUGUGGCGCAUACCGGGUUGACGGGGUAUAUUACGAUUCGGAAGGUGAGUCGGCAGAAGGGGGUGACGAAGUUGUCGUAUGAGGUGCCGGUGGAGGUUUGAGUGGUCGUUAGGGUUGUGGUUGUAGAUGUGGGCGUGAGAUUUUACAUGUAUAGAGGUGUAUAACAGAAUUCCAUGAUCGUAUAUGAUCAUAUACAGCACAUAGACUUGUCUUGCUGACACUGCUGGCAUUUCCAGAACUACUAGUCAUAAACC